AUGCUGUGCAGAGUGCCAUCUCUGGUUCCAUCUCUAGCUCUCUGCCUUGCUGUGGGCAGUGAGCUGAACCAAGGACAAGCAGACUUGGAUCUUCUGAAGCCAGUACUAGGAGAAGCAGGACUGCAGCUGUUGCUGAGCAUGAUCUGCUUGAGGGAAAAAGCCAAAAUGGAGAUGAAUCUUGUAGAUAUUGUGCUGGCAGCGAGCAGAGAAAACUGGAAGACCAAGCCCAUAACCAAUGCUUCUCCUUCAGCUCCUCCUUGCUGCCAUGUUGUCUUGCCAGGAGCUGGUGCCUUGUCACCUUUCACUUGUGGGCUGGCUCUGGACCCAUGUUCCCUUAGUGACCUGGAGCAUUAUGACUUUAAAGACAGAUCAUGGCAGGAGGAGAAACAAGAGGAAGAAGAAGUGGAAAAGGAGGAAGAUGAUGAGGAAGAUUGUGAUAGCUAUGUGUCCUUAGAGGACUCCACUUCUCAAACACAAUCAAAAGGGCAGGCAACACAGAAAGCAGAUAAUUAUGGCAAAGUAGGAAAAGAUGAACAGUGA